AUGGAAGUGAUCGAUAGUCGAGCGGAAAGUCGACCGGCGAGAGUGCAGGAAGGGAGCUGGCAGAUGAAAUCGGACGGCAGCGAAGAGGAUCGGCGGGGGAGAGCGAUGGAGGAGAAGAAAGAGGGGAGAAGGAAAGAUGCAGAGGAGAGAGUAAGGCGGAGGAAGGAGGCGACAGGAGUGAAAAGGAGGAGGAGAGAGGAGGGAGAACGAGAGGCGAGAAGCGGAGGAAGCAGGGAGAACGGUCAAGGAGGAGAUGGAGGAGUGGAGGAGAAAGUAGGAGAGGAGAAGAGCAAGGGAGAGGGAGAGAGACGGAGAGAGGAGGUAAGAAAGGAGGAAGGGAGAGCUGGAAGGAGAGAGAGGGUAGGAGAGAGGAGGCGACAGGACUGGAAAGACGAGGAGAGGAAGGAGAAGAAGAGAGAGAGAGGAGAGCGAGAGAAUAGGAGAGAGGAGACGGAGGAGCGGAGAGAGCGGAAGAAAAGGAAGAGAGAGAGAGAGAAAGAUGAGAAGCAGGAGAGGAAGAGGUGAGGAAGCAGAAGAAGAGAGAGAGGAGAACGAGAGAAUAGGAGAAAGAAAAGACGAAGGAGGAAAAGAGGAAAGGAGCAACGGAGAGUGAGAAGGAGAGAGGAGGCGACAGGAAUUGGAAGACGAGUAAAGGAGAGAUGAGAAAAGCGGAAACAGGAGAAAGGGAGAGAAAAAGAGGAGGCAAGAGAGAAAGAUGGAGCAAAAAGGAAGGAAAGCAAGAGAAGAUGGCAGGUGGAAAAAGAAAGGAAAGGGGAAAACAGGAAGGAUGGAGAGAAGAAGGAUGACAGAAGGAGGUCAGAGAGGAAGAAGGAAGGAGAAACGAAAGAGGGAGGGGUAUAAAUAGAGGGUGGGACGAAGGGAGGGUGGGAUAAAAAGUAUGUAAAGGUCGCUCAUGGCCAGGUCGCGGUAGGGGGAACGGUUUAUGUAAAGGGUUCGGGAACGCUCCCUUAAAAAAGCGCCAAUGUAUUUGUCUAGCAGGAAUAAAUUCACAUACAUACA